GAGUGCCUGUGGAAUUUACGUUGCGCAGGUUACAAAAAUACCAAAUAUCUAACAUGAGUCAUUACAAAAUGUUGCUGCGGCGCUUGGCACUAGCAGCAGUGACGUGGACAAAAAAAUUAAAUCUCUCUUGUCUAAGUACCGACGAGAGAAAAGAAAAAUAGAGGAAAGUAAAACAUCUGGAUGUGGUACUGACACACUUUACGAAACGAAGUGGUUUGGAUUUAAAUAUCUACGUUUCCUGGAUGAUAUGGAACUAUGUGAGAUAUGGCUGGAUUUGCUUAUCUGAAAUUUGUGUCUUUCUUUGAAACAACUGGUCCUAUAAUAUUCAACAAUAUUUCAAAAUCUGACGGCGACAUCCUAGUGAAAUUACGAAAGCCAGAACCGUCUUCCAUAUUCAGCUCACAAAGCAUGUCAUUCCCGCCACGUCUUCUAUAGUAUGUUUUGGUCCACCAACGCCGGACUACGUCGUUUUCGUCGUUUGUUUAUUUCGUUUAGUAUUAUUAAUGCAGCACCAAAUGUCAUGAAUUCUUCUUCUUCACUUGACUUAGCGUAUAUCUUGAUGUGAAUACACACAGUAACCUAUCAGUUCACCGCAGCAGACUAUGCGAAUACGUAGAAAAUCAGAAUUGUUGGUCAUAGUGUAAACGGGAAUGCGAACAACGAACAAUGUUGCCAACGUGUUGAGGGAACAAGUUGCACACAAUGUUCCGAACAAAUACAUGUUCUGAGCUCAAUGUAAACGCGCCUGUACACAACUUAAGCGCUUUUAUGUUUACAUUUACCUACGUUGAGAGUGAACUACACUUCUUGCACCAGGCUGAUACUACACUGUUUUAAAAUGGUUUCUCACAAAUAACCGCGCCAUCUGUGAAGGUCUCAUAGUGCAACACUGCAACUGACAACUUAUUCUUCAAUUUUAAUUACAAAAUACAAACAUGUGAAGCUUGAAAGAGAUGAAACUGCGACUGCCAAUGUGUAUAAAAAAAGAAGAAAUACUCAAGAACUCCCUCCUUUCGUUGGUGUCAGAUGCCUACAAAGGUUUCACUUUCACAUAUAGGAGGGAAAUAUGGGUUGUUGCUCUGGAUCUUAAGGGAUUUGGUGACUCAGAUAAGCCAGCCUGGAGGAGGAGCUACCGUGUUGACACAUUACUGGCAGAACUGAAGGAACUGAUAACAGCUCUUGGAGCCUCAAGCUGUACAGUUGUUGCUCAUGACCUUGGAGCAUUAUUAUGUUGGUACCUUGCACACCAAUACCCUAAUAUUGUUGAAAAAUUUGUGUGCAUAUCGUGUCCUCACCCAAAUGUUUACUGGAGUACAGUUCCAAGAGAGAGUGUUUUCAACUCGAGCUGGAUCAGUUUCAGUCAACUUCCUUACUUACCAGAAACAGAAGCCUUAAGAAAUGGUCUGAGCAUAAUCAAUCAGCGAUACCCUCAUCUUCAAAAAAAGAGUGAUGCAGAUGAUUAUCUUGUAGCAAACAAAUAUGCUUUCUCUAGGAAAGAGGAUUGGACUGGAGCCAUCAACUAUUUCAGAAACCUACCUUUUCAAAGAGUAAGUCCUGUCUGUGAACCAGUGAAGGCACCGUGCAUGUUCAUUACUGGCAAUCAAGAUCCAUGUCUCACUCUGGAAAGUAUUGUCACAUCAACAGAGUUCACAGAAAAAUUUCUUGUAAAAAUUGUAAAUGGAACUGGACACUAUCCUCAUCAAGAGAAGCCUGAAGUGGUCAACAAAAUGAUAAUUUCAUUUCUUAAUGUUAGUGAAUCUCCAGAGAAAGUGGAUAAACCUGUUCAAAAAGGUCUGAUGGACCGCAUGUUUGGAGCAGUCGCAUCUACUGUGAAAUAUGGAAAUCAAAUGUUUGAUGUUGUUCAGAAGACUAGUAAUAUAGUACCAGGAUUGCAGCGAAAAUCUUCAGUACUGGGACAGAGUGCUAGCUGAUAACACCAUUAAAGGUAAAAAAAUAGGGGUUUUCCAGGUUCCUUCACAAAUCUGGUGGAAAGUCUGAUCUCUUGUUAACUACAUGAGACACACAGUUCACUGUUCAUGUAUCUUUUGUAGUUUUACAUUGUCCUGAUAAGUAGAACAUUGGAGUCAAAUCUUCAUUUUCUUAUUAUAUUUUAUACAAGGAGUAUAUUUGUAUGGCAACUGAUAUUUAUUUUUUAGAACACUUUUUGUACAAAAUAUUUUUGUAGUAAAAUGUGCGGGAUGUAACAUUGGUGUAAAGACUGAAAUUGUAAGAAUUUAUUCUUGCUGAGUAGAUAAAAUUAUGCAGUGUGUACUGUUCAUUCCAUGUCACAGUUGUAAUACCUAUAAAUUUUAGUUGCGACAAAAACUUAAAUAUUUCUUUUUGUUGAGACUAUUCAGUAAUAAGGUGCUAAUUUGUACAUAAACAUGUUCUAUAUUUUAUUAAAUUAUUGAAACCAAAGGCUGUUUAAAACUGCAAAACUGUUCAAUAAGCUUUA